UACACUUUAUUUACAUUUACAUAUCUUGACAAUCAGCUGAUUAGAGAGAAAUAUUUGCUGCAUUCUAGUCCAAUAGAAAAUGAACAAGUUUAAGAAACUUAAUAUGUUAAAUUGUAAUAUUUGGGUUAAUAAAAUACAAAACAAGUGAUAAUAUAAUGAAUAGUGAUGAAGCCAAUUUGCUGGACUUAGAAGACAAAGUAAAUGUGCAAGGUGAAGAGUCCUGCAGCCAAAAUAAUUUGCACUUUACUGAGUGUAAAAAAAUUCGCACGAACGAAUACGCAGCCAAAAUAGAACAGUUGAAAGAAAUCAUAAAGAAAAAUGUGUUGGGAUGUGAUUUAACUGUGUGUAUUUUUAUAGCAGCAUUAAAGUCAUACAGGGUAGAUGGCUGUUUGAGACCGUUUCCUCAUUAUUUUAUAAACGAAAACAACGAAAAGGACUUUUCUUCGCUUCAAUCUGCAUGCGAUAAACUUCCUAGUCUAAGAGAUUUUGUAACUUUACCAACAAAUAUUUUGCCAAAAGAUGUAGUAAAUCUAUUGGUAUGGUUAUUCUUGGAAUCUAGUUUCCCAGUUUUAUCUCCCUCUCAAUUGAAUGAAAUACCUAUCUCUGUAGGAACUGCUGAGCAGAAUAAUGUUAUACCUCAUUUUGUGUUCAAAGUUUACCAUAGUAAAAGAUCUGAAGGGAACUGGAUCCAAAGAGUGGACAAUAGAGAUACAUUUUAUGCCUUUCAUGGUAGUUCAAUCCAUAACUUUUAUUCCAUAUUAAAAUUCGGUUUGCAGCCUCAUUUCUCAAAUGGCAAGGAAGUACUGUUUGGUAGUGGAAUAUAUCUCUCAAGUGAGAUAUCAGUUUGUACAAAUUAUGCUUCUUAUGGAGAAACUUGGAAAAAGAGUUCCUUGGGGACUAAGCACAGUAUAAUAGCAGUUGCUGAAAUAAUCAAUGACCAUGAAGAAGUCAAAUGCAAAGAUAAAAAUAAUAAAGGACGAUCAUUCAACCAAGACAGUUAUGGAGAAAUACCAGAAAAGUAUUUUGUUGUAACUAAUAGUGAACUAUUAAGAGUAAAGUACCUUCUAGUCUAUACACAGAAACGCCCUAAUAUGGUAAAGUCUUUUAUCAAAACAAAUUUUCUGUGGAUUAUUAUCACAUUAUAUUUUUUAUUAUUAGUCUUUAUUGGAUUUUUAAACGGCCCUUAUUGGCAAAAAAUCUUAAGAUAUUUAUCAAUUAAAUAAACUACUGUUUUUGCAA